UUGGAUUCUCUUGGUGGAAUUCCUCCUGGAAUUGAUGACAUAUGGAAAAUCUGUGGAUCGAGGAAAGAAUGCCAGUACACAUGGGAUAUGCAGCGAAAUACAAAUAAAGAGUUUCCUGGAAGAUUCAAACCAAAAUGCAGAUUUGAUCGCCUAUAUGUUCGUCAUGCUCAUCCUCGAGCGCUUGUGCCGAAGCAUUUUGGUUUACUUGGCAUUCAGAAAGUGAUCAUGACUCAGUCAUAUCCUAGUGAUCACUGGGCUCUUCAAGCCUUUUUUCAAAUGGAAACAGCCUAAAGUGAUCCAUAAAAAACUUUUUUUGGUGAACUUAUUAAAUUUUCAAGUGUACAAUGUCAGUAAAUAUCCUUGUUAAUGUAUGGUUAAAUUCUAACAUUUAUGAUGGAAAAAAGUUUGCAAUUUUGAAAUCUUUGUUAUUUUCAGGCCCAGAUGAGUUCCUAUGUUUCUUUAUUUUGAAUAUAGGGUUUAACCACAUUUUCAUUUCUGAUUUUGUUGUAUAAAUGUUUUAUAUACUCUACAUGUGUACCAGGAUAAAGUGAUUAUAUUUUUCUAUUUUCUUUUUAUUUCAAAUUGUGUUGACUUAUUUUUUAUAACAGAUUGUUUCAUAGAUUUAAUAUUACUUUGAUAUAGUGAAGAUUGUUUGGGUGACAACUUCUUUAUAUGAUACGAUGCUAAAGACUUUCCUGAAUAGUUUUACUUGUGUUAUAGCCCUUCCAUAUGUUCAUAUCUAGUUAACAGUUACAUUAAUUGCUAGAGAUAAUCUGCACUAUAAUUUCACAAAAUUCUCUAUUUUCCAAAUCCAAUGUAAUCUAUUUGAAUAUGUCUUUUUACAAUAAAAGAAAAAAAGUGUUCUAAAAGUAUAAUUGAUUUACAUGAAAUGUAAUGGAAAGAAAGGCAUAAACGAAAUUUCUAAUGAGAAAACAAUGCAUGAGACAGUUUAUAAGGUUGCAGGUUUUGUCUCUUUUCUCCGAUCCCUCUUUUAAUAAUAUUAUUUUUGUGUUAUCACAAAGUUCAUUUAGAAAAAACAAUAUAGAACACAUUUAAAUAGUUUUUAAUAAAAGAUUUAAAAAAUUUUAAUUUCUGUUCCAAUGGCCAUUAUCACUUCCUCAUUGGAGACAUUUAAAUUGACAAUUUGCUUUCUGAUUUUCGCUUACCUUGGAUCAAAAACAAUUCUUAGUUAACAUUCUAUAUUUCUUUGUAAUAAUUUUGAUGUAUCGUCAAUAAAUAAGGGAAGCACUUCUAAAAUAAAUUCCAGUUUUUGUAUUAUAAAUUUUCCAGCAGAGCAGUUUGCUCUCUUCCCUAUAUUUUGAAACACAUUGUAAUGGAAGUAAUUUCUAGAAUCUGACAUGCCAAUAACAUAAGUAAAAUGUUUGCAUGAAGAUUUAAUAUGUACAUAGAUAAUCUAGAGUUAUUACAAGGUAUGCGAUUCACUUUUGGAUGGGAAGAUUGGAUUUACAACUUUGAUAAUGAUUUUGGAGACCUUAGGCAAUGGGCAAUUUUCAAAUCAAAAAACCCUUCUGAUAUAACUAGAAUUGUUUGAAAGUUUUCGUAUGUACAUGAUUGUUAGACAUUUCUUUUAAUGCCUACAUGAUAAUAUGCUGAUAUGAAUAGUCUAUGAACAAAGUAUCUUUAAGCAGAAACAACUUUUGGAAUUUAAUUCAUGUAAAAUGAAUUGUAAAUAAAGGGCGUUUAAACUUGUACCAUCUAUACUUACAUUGCCCGCAAAUUAUCUACUGUGAAACAAAUUUUUACUCAAUGUUGAUGUUGAUUUUUAUUCUCAUGUGUUAUUAAAAAAAUUGAGCAACUGUAAUUAAGCAAAGGCAAACUGUAGCCAAAACAUUGAAAACUGUAAUUGCUCACACUUGCUCUGUGAGAGUUGGAUUAUUUUCUCCUCUGAGCCGAAUUCCAAGGCAUGUUGAAUCCCAGAACAUACAUACCCCAACUUGUUUGGGUAUGUAGUUAUUACUUGUAACCUACAAAUGUGAUGGUAUGAAUAUUUGGCAGCAAAUUAUGACAAAUCCUUGAAAGAUAUAUUUGUCAAAGCAGUGCUGUGACAUUUUUGUAUAGAUGUUGUAAGAUGUGCUGAAUAUGGGGGGGGGACUUUUUUUUAAACUUUCUGGACGUAUGGGUGCGUUAGGGGGUGUCAGGGUUCCCUUGGAAGGUGUGAAAGAGGCCUGUAAUGUUAUGUAAUUAAACAUUUUAUUUUCAUAGAUACAAUAAAACUCUUAUAUAAAAUUUUUAGGGGGCUACAAAUUCUGAAUUAGAGUAAAGGAAAAACUAAAGUGGUAGACGUGAAUAUAUUACAGAUAAACACGAUAAAUAGUACAAAUUAGAAAAAUUACUUUUAACACUUAUGAUCCUAAGGACGUAUCUGAGAUGUCAUCUUCAUUUUACUGCUUAAGGACUUUCAUCUACCUUCAUCUACAUUUAUCUUUGCUUGACAGGCUGCAAACAUCUUUCUGACAUUUGUUGGCUUCUAGAACACACACCUGCACACCUGCUUAUUUGUGUCAUGGUGGUGACAGGACAAUCGCCAAUGUGAGCUUCUAAUUUUUGCAAGUAUUUACAAUUUUUCCUGGAAGCGAUUAGAUAUUCACAUUUGCGGGAAUUGUCAUUUAUGUUCAGAAGGUCUUGUAAGUAGUGUUCAUGCUGUCAGCAAGAUAAACAGACAUUUAAAAGACAUACAGAUGUCAAAUUCAGGACUCAACAUUAGAAAUUCAAGAGUUUUUGAAUUAUGCAUUGGACCUGAAUUCUGGUAAGGGUGAAGAUUUUCUUCCUGUGCUUUUGACUAG